AUGCCCCUCGAAAUCCACCCCGUAACGCAACCCGACAUCCCCAAACUCAUCGAAAUCGAAUUCGCCACCUACGCCAACUCCCCCUCGUCGCAAAUCCUCCGGGGCCGAGACGCAACCAACGUCGAACACCACCUGCGAGCACACCGUCGCUACAACGAUCUCCUAUCCCAACCCCAGACGAACGUCUUCUACAAGAUCGUCGACACAGAGCGUGUCGACCGUCCAGUAGCCAACGACCCUUUAGCCGCUGGUAGUGGCGAGCCAUGUCCCCAAGGCGAGAUCAUCGGAUGGUAUCGCUACGAGGUCUUCCCACAGGGCGUGUCGUCCAGCUUACCUCGUGAGUAUGGCUUUGAAGAGUACCCCUGGCCCGUCUCGCCCCCCUCCCACCUCGCCAUCGUGAAGGACUACUGGUCCUCCAUGGAACGCGACAAGCGCUCCUGCGUUGGGAGUCGUCCUCAUAUCCACCUCUCCCUCAUCGCCAUCCACCCCUCCCACCAACGCCGGGGCGCGGGCACGCUGGUCCUGGAGCAUUUCUGUCGGGAAGUCGAUACAAGGUAUGGGGGGUUGUUGGCGUUUUGUCAGGCUUCGAGGGAGGGGAGGGGGCUGUACGAGAGGUUUGGGUUUGGGGUUAGGGGGGUUAGUGAGUUUGAGACGGCGGGGAUUGGGGUUGAGGGUGUGAGGGUUUUGUGGGGAAUGGUUAGGGAGGGGGACGGGGGUGAGGGAGGUGAUGUUUGGGGGUUUUGA